AUGGAGGGUUCCUCUAAGAAGUUUUCUCUCAUCAACUCCCAUUUUUUCAAGCCUCUUUUGCCGGGUUUCGAUUCUAAUUUCGCAAUUCCGAAGUCAUUCAACAAGUAUCUAGGAGAAGACAUUGAAGAGGCUGAUGAAAAGAUUGCUAUAUUAAGAAACUAUAAAGUUAAGGAUAAUUUAUGGAUGGUAAAAGUGUGUUAUUUUGAUGAUAAGUUGAAUUUUAAAAAUGGAUGGGAGAAAUUUUGUAAGGAUCAUGGUUUACAAAUUGGUGAUUUCUUAGUGUUUAAGCAUCAUCAAAACUUGGUUUUCGAUGUUUUCGUCUUCGAUUCUUCUUGUUGUGAGCGUCCGUUUCCUGGUUUCAAUAAUCCGACUACAGAAAAUGUGAGAUCUUCUAGCUCAAACAUUCCAUCUAAGAAGGGCUCUUGCAAAAUUGAGAAAGGUCAGUUACUUCAUUUUUCUAGUUGA